UACCCAUGGGGCAGAGGUCAGAUUAUGGCAGCGCUUGUGCCAUGUCAUGGAUCCGGAGCACCCAUUGGGUUUUUCUUUCCUUUUUUAAUGCAGAAAGACACACUGAGACAGAGAGAGAUGGUUGUAUGAACAGCUCCUCAUGAGGAAACUGUACAAAGAUGGAAAUGUCACGAGUGGCCUCAGGGUUCAGUGUGUUUCACAAUGGGCACACCAUACGUCCCCUCAGUUUUGUCUAUGUCCCAUCUUUUAAACUAGCCAAGUUCCCUGAAACAUGAAUCAUUUGUCUCAUGAUACACCUGAGCAUUUUCUUCCAAGCGCACUGGGAAUUCUGUCCUUACAAUAGCAAAAUCAUGCAUUUUUAGAGAUAUUGCCUGUAUUUGUUUGAAAAGAGAAUUGUGUUUAAAAUGAAAGACGUGAUACAUGGUCAGAGUUUACUGUAUCGACACAUUUUUUAAAACAAUUCUACUGUUGCAAACUUUGCCAACAGCGAAUUAAAGCUGUCUGCUCCCUCUUCUGUUUUUCUUUGUCUUUUCUCCACAUGUGGGACCAAUCCUGACCACGCCUGGCCUGAAUCCACUCACACAUAUACCCAUACAUACAUAUAUAUGAUAUAUCCACCUACACACAUGCAUCUCACACUACACAGUCUACACCUCACUACCUUCUGCCUCCAGUACAAGCCCACAGUGAUUGCCUGCGUGUGCAUCCACCUGGCAUGCAAGUGGUCCAACUGGGAGAUCCCAGUUUCUACUGAUGGCAAGCACUGGUGGGAGUACGUGGACAGCUCUGUCACCCUCGAGCUGCUUGAUGAGUUGACCCACGAGUUUCUUCAGAUUCUGGAGAAGACUCCCAGCCGGUUAAAAAGAAUACGCAACUGGAGGGCAACACAAGCUGCCAAAAAGCCCAAGUCUGACGGCAACCAGUUGGCGGAUAACUUUGCUGGGCCUUCCAUGCUCCAUGACCAUUCCCUUAGUGACGCCUCGCUCCUCGGAGUCCCAUCCUCAAACCCAAGUUUUUCCAAAGCAGCUGCCACCUUCAAUGUACCAAUGCCUGGCCAUUCUGGAGGGGCACCUCUGUCUCUGGACCUCAUGGCUGGCACAUACAAUCCAGCCAGCCACAGCGAGUGGCCCCAGAGCAACCAGAGUCAAGCAGGGUACUCCUCCACCUGUUUAAAACCGGAACCCCUCAGCAUCCCUCACCAAGAGCAGACAAUGUCCUUGCAGACCUCCACUUCAUCUUUGCUUCAGCAUCCGCCAGUGUACAGGACUGAGAAAAUAGUAGAGUUCAACCCUGUCAAACAGGAACAAAAAGGAGCUGGUGGGAGCGGAGUAGGCAAGCAUCAGCCACCACCUCAGCCUGCCUACCCUCCUCCACCAGCUUCACAGCCUCCUCUGCCACAACCUCCCUCAGCUCAGAAACUGUCUCUGGACAAAUACAGAGAGAAACAUGCUGCAGAGCUGGCUGUGUCUGGGCAGAAACGCAGGCAGGAGCAGCAUGGACUAAUGGAGAGCGACGUGAGGGUGGAUCUAUCGUCUUCCUCCUCUUCUACCUAUGCACCAUCCUCUAUGAGCCAAGUAGACCACAGAAAACAUUCACAGCCCUACCAAGUAUCCCUGCAUGUCCACGGUGGCAGCACUAACUCCCCAAUGAAGAGUAAAGCUCCUUCCUCAUCUUCAGGGCAAGAUAGACGCCACCACAGUGACAAACGGGACAAAGGCUCACUUAAGGUCCGCCUGGCUGUUCCUGGGUCCGGCGGAAGCUCCCAGCUAGAUAAAAGUGGACCACCAGGCAAAGAUGAGCUUAAGAUGAAGAUAAAAGUUUCAUCAUCUGAGCGCCACAGCUCAUCAGAUGAAGGCAUGGCAGCAAACAACAAGAAUAAACAUUCCAGCCCGCUGGUGAGCAAAGAGAAACAUCGUGGAGCAGAUCACAAUCUUCACCGCCAUCACAAGCACAGUCACCCUCACACCCACACGCACAGCGGUAAUGGACGAGGAGGACCAGAGGGACCAGGUGGCGGGGGAGGCCUGCUUCGGGCUCCUACGGGACUGGUCGGCAUGGACGUGACGAUGCUCGCUCAUCCCGGAUCCACCUCUUUGUCUUCAUCCUCAUCGCGCAAGAGGGCGUACGCCGAGGGCAGCCACAACCACCACCCUCCCUCCUCAUCCUCCACUUCUAGCUCCAAACUGAGCAAAAUCUCCAAGGGUGGCACUGGUGCUGCAGGUACCUCAUCUUUUUCUUCCCCCCUUUUUUCCUCCUCCUCCUCUCCUGUACUGCAGUGUGUCUCAUCUGGCUGCAGCUCUGUGGCUAACCUCCCUCCUCCCCUUCUUCCU